AUUACGUCUGGUAAAUUGCGCACGUCGGAACAAUUCAACUGUGCGCACAAAGCUUAGCUGUCAUUGGCUGCUGUUGUCUUCAAAACGGACGGCGCAACUCGAUUAACGCUGUACCGCAAACAUGGAGACAGAGCUUGAAUUUCUGCGUGAUCAAGUCCGCAGGCUGAAUUCUUCUCUCAGCCUGUAUCAACAACAGGGAGAGCAUGCGCACACCAAGCUAUCACAGGUUGAAGAGGAAAGGAGGACUGAAUUUUCUGCCCCUUGGCUCUGUGAUAGGAGUAUAAUGGCUCCACUCGUAGCAGAGUAUGAUCGGCACAUUGAAGAAAUGUCUCAACAGCUGCAGAAAUACCAGGUGUCCAUGACAGAUGUCAAAGAAAAGCUGGAGACUGUUGUCCAGGAAAAUGAAAGGCUGCAUGCAGAACUGAGGGAAUCAGUUGAGAAGCAGCUUGAGUCCUCCACAAUGAUCUCUGGUGAGGGGUUUAGCCCAGUUGAAGAGGAAGCAGUUGUUAAAAACCUCCAAAAACAAAUCAAGCUGUCAGAAAAGGAGCGGAUGCAGGCCAUGGAAUUGUGGCAGACAGCAACGUUAGAGCUUGAUCGCCUCCAGGGGUUUUACCAGAAGAGCCUCGCUGAUGGAAAGAAUGCAGAUGCUAAGGAACAGCAGCUCAAGGAUCAAAUUUUAGUUACCCAACAGCACACACACCAACUCCAAGUGGCCAAUCAGGAACUACAAUUGACCAAUCAACAGCUUCUAAAGACUGUGACAGAGCAGAGUACAGAGAUGGAGGGGCUACGGAGCCAGCUCAGAACAACCAAAGGUGAUUUGGGGACGGCCACAAACAAAGUGGAGGAAAUGAACAAACAACUCCAGUUGGUUCAACACCAACUUAAGAGACAGGAGGAAGAUCUGAUUGAGGCUCGCAGUCGAGAGGAAGGAGCAGAAAGACGAAUUCAACAGCUGCAGUUAACCAUCAGCCAGAAAGAGACCAGGCUCAAAAUGACAUCCCAGGAGGCAAAUGAUGUUCGAGGAGAGCAAACUAUUUGGGAGCAAAUGUCAGGGAACCUUAAAGCCCGAUGCACUACCUUAGAACAGGAGAAGUAUGAGGCUCUGGACAAAGUGCGAGAGAGUGUGCAGAUGGCUGAGGAAGCGGUACUACAAAAGAACGAGGCUCUAUUACGAGAAAAGCAGAUAACAGAGGAGCUUGAGAAAACGAAGAAGGUCAUUCCACAGUUGAUAGAGGAUGCUGCUCUGCGCACCAGAAAAGAGGUGGAUAAUAUACGCAAGCAGUGCAAUGUUGAACUCCGUCAUAUGGCUGAGGAGCUGUCUUUAUUACAAUUGGACUGUGCAGACAAAGAGUCUCUGAUUGAGCGGUCUAAACGAGAGAGAAAAGCUUUAGAGGAGGAAUUGGCAAAGGUGACUAAAGAGAGCCGGGCAGAACCAGAUCUUGGAAAAUUUGAUGUCCUUCACCAGAGGUGUCUCAAUGCAGAGAGGAUGAAAGAUGAAAUAAAUAUCAUUUUGCAAAGUACGCAAAGCAAACUGAAAAAUAUGGAAAUGUGUUACAGUGAGGAAUUGUCCCGCAGUCAAGAAGAAGUGCAGCGGCUGACUGGCUGUUUGGCUGCAGCAAGAGAGGACUGUGUUAAGAUAAGUGAUGAGCGACACCAGCUUCAACAGGAGAACUUUCAGAUACGCAGAGAGAUGGAUGAACUACGCAAGGCCUCCUUGCUUGUCCAAAAGAAGGCCAAACAACAGGUGUCACAGAUGGAGCAAGAGUACAGCCUGAAGGAGAAGACACUUAAUGCAAAGAUGACUGACCUGGAGGAGAGUAGUCGUAACUCAAGUGUUGAUCUGAUGCGCCUUCUCACCGCACAGAAAAAAAGUAUUCAACGCUGGAAAGAUGAAGCGAAAAAUAUGUCCCAGGCCUUUGAAAGUAAACUUAAAAAUAUGAAGGCAGAGGUGAAUCAGCACAAGCAGCGAUCACACGAGUUAGAGCUACAGCUUGGAAACAAUCUCAAAAUAAUCGAAGAGUAUGCGAGGCAGCUAGCUGAGUAUCAAGAGAAGGCAAGCCGUCUCCAAAGACGACUGACGGAGGUUGAGCAACGUGCAACUACUGCUUCACAACAGAUUACAGCUAUGGCAUCCAAGCAAAGAAAAAACUACUUUUGUGAUCCAAAGCAUGAGUAACUGCAGUUUUCACAGAUCUAGUAGAAUUGCGAUGGUUGUCUUUUUUUUCCCAUAACAUAUUGAUACAAUGUUGAGUUUUACGAGUUGCUUAAGUCUGCAAGUCUACCUGGUUUCAGUCCACCGUUUUCUAAAUGUUUUUCAGUUCUAUAAACAAUUUAGAAAUGUGCAUCUUGCCUAGAUCCCCAACUAACACAAAUAGUAUAAUUAAUUUAGAUAAACUUUCACUUUCAAGAAAGUUUUCAAUGUUUGUUCAAGUAUUGUUGAUAUUUGUUGUUUGGAGGCGUUCCAAGCCUGCAAAAUGAAAGUUUACCAUAGGAUAAAGUGUCCUGGUGACAUUGAGAUGGUGUUAUUUGUUUUGUAUAUUUGUAUAUCUGUUUAAUAGCAAGUUGUAUAUAAUAUGUAUGUUUUGUAUAUAAAGUCAUUAAAAUGAAAAAUAAGUUACAUAUGUUGCCAUUGUUAGGCCCAUUAUUUCGUUGUGUGUGCUUGUAUUGUUAUUGUCCAUGUAUUAAAUGUUAGAUUUGUUUUUCUCGAAAUUUCCCCAUUAAACAAUGAUCAGAAUGAACACA